AGUGUGCCUUCAAAUCUACCAAACAUCGUGGCGUGAAAGAAGUUUACAAUGAGGUCGCAGAUUCAAAAAGCGGCAAUACUCACAAUAAUGAUUUGCCUGAUAUUGAUUACCGUUCAAUUAUUCAAAAAUGGACGAGAAAGACAAACAAGAGUGAUGCAGUCGAUGCCACCCCCUGUGCCUUUGGGAAACCAAGAAGGACCAAGGAAGUGGUGUGUUCCUCAGAAUUCAGUGUAUUUCCUCAAGAUCCCGAAAUGCGCAUCUACUACUAGUUUCCAGAUUUUCGUUGCGUACGGAGUCAAGCACGGCCUGUCCUUCGCCCUACCGCCAGUAUUGAGGUCUCCGAAGCCAGAAUAUGGUUCUCCCGACGGUCGCUACAACAUGGUCGUAACCCACACGCUGUUCGAUAACGAUAGAGCACAACAGGUGAUGAAAGAAUCAGCCAAAUAUGUCGCAACUAUACGGGAGCCAGCAUCACGCUUCGAGUCCAUGUGGUAUUUUGGACGCUAUGAAAAGAGGUUUGGCAUGAAUCUUUCUGCCUUUAUAAAAGCGUCACAGUACACAUCAAAUCAGAAGAGGAAACUGAACACAAUCGCUACUUUUUUCGGGGUCAAAGAUCCCAGCGAUCGCGCAACAAAGAGUGAGAUGUAUGGCAAGGCAAAAUGGUUGAAUCAGAUCUUUGACUUGGUGAUGAUAGCUGAAAGGUUCGACGAGUCCCUGGUCCUCCUCAAGCACCUUAUGUGCUGGGACACUGAAGACGUCGUUUAUGUCAAAGCUAAGAUUCGGAGUCCGUCUUAUAGGCCUAAGGUCUCGGAGGAGGAGAAAGACAGGCUUCGGGAAUUGAACAGUCAGGAUGUCAUUCUGUACAGGUUCUUCAGUGAAGUGUUUGAGGAGAAAGUGAAAGCCUUUGGAAAGGAAAGGAUGCGGAGGGAAGUCGAGGACCUUCGCCAAGCAAAUGCUCGACUUCUGGAGGACUGCGGAGCUGAGCUGACCGGAUCAUCCAACACUGUGAAAACUUGGCGAGUAAAAAGUAACUCGAGUAUUUGUAAGAUGGUGUCAUUAAAUGGGGCUAAUAUUAUAAACCAACUUAUAAGAAGACAGAAGAUAUGGGUCUCUAGCAACUUAACUUAUGACCUAUUAUCAUGGACUUUUACGUAAGUGAAAGGACAAACGGUAUUUGAAAUAUACGUUAUAGGAAAGAUGGCAAUCUAAAUAAAAAUGAAACUUUACUAAAGGCAUAUAUCAAUCUUAAACAUUUUA